CCGCUUUUACCGAUAUACUAUUGCAAUUGAACAUAGCUCACUGCGAAGAUCCCUUUCACGUCAAUAUAUAGGUUCUGCGGUGGCCACGUUUCAGUAUCUCAAUUCCAUCCGUAGAUCCUCAUCGAUGAAGGGUUUUUAUCUUUCACCAAACGAUGGACUUACGCUGGCCUUAUAUAACCCGCCGACUGGGUAUAGCAUGUUUCCGCCCUCUCCCCAAGCAAGAUUGACCACCAAUGGCAGUAAGCCUCUACAGGUCUCUCAUUCAACUACAGUUUGUUCUCUGACAUACCCAGAGAAUCAUUGCGACGGCGGCCUGCCGUAUAUCGGAGAUCGCAUCUGCAUCAGGCAGGUCGGAGGCUGCAGCGGUUACCAGGCUUUUGUGUCGAAGUGGUCGAACUCGAACGGCGACGACAAAUGGUACCACAUCGCUGACAACUUUGGCCCCGCCGGCCAGUGGAACCGCAGCGGCUGGGAGGUCGCUGCUAUCGCGAACAGCUCUGAUAGCGAUCGCCGCGGCUUCUACGUGAAUUCGAAAAACGCCACUGUGUAUAUCACUAUCAGAUCACUGGAGAAUAUCGAGGUCGUCACUGCGAGACGCCCUUGAGAUGCUGUCGACGAUGCUUUCAUAAUCGUAAGCAGAAUACAAUCUUAGUUUGUAUUGAUUGACUAACUACACUCGUACGGCUACAGCGCUUGGAAGAGACGAGACGUUGUGCGGCACCCAAAUUUCUGCACACGAAUUCGAGAGCAAGGAUUCGCAUCAGGGGGCUGUGUGUGUUAUCGGGACUGGCACUGUAUUCACGCAUUUUGAACUUUCGCUAAAAUGGUACGGUCAUGUACAGUGGUGCGGCAGGUGCCUUUACGAAGGCAUCCAUAAAAGAAUAGUGGUAAUCGUAAGUGUGCUCGACCGGAUCCUUUCCUUUCCUUUGAAACACUUUCACCACACGACUGCA